CCCCGCCAUUUUAUAUUUUCAACAGGCCGAGCAGCCGCAGUACGCAGCCAGCUAUCUCCACGUUGUUUUCAGCUCCAUUUCCAGCAUUUUUAUCUUCACGGAGUCUCUUUUUGGCGGUUCUACGUUGAGCCACCGAACCCGCGGACAGUCCCGCUCCUCCUUCAGGUCCAUGAACUAAAAGCUGCUGGACUCUGGAGGAGAGAAGUGAAAGAUGACGCAGUUCCUCCCGCCGAACCUGUUGGCCCUGUUCGCCCCCCGGGACCCGAUUCCGUUCCUGCCUCAGCUGGAGAAGCUGCCCCACGAGAAGCAUCACAACCAGCCGUACAGCGGCAUCGCCCCCUUCAUCAGACACUUCGAGGAUCCUAGAGAUGCCCCCCCACCAACCAGAGCCGAGACCCGCGAGGAACGCCUGGAGAGAAAGAGGAGAGAGAAGAUUGAGAGGCGACAGGGAGAAGUGGAGACAGAACUGAAGCUCUGGGACCCCCAUAAUGACCCCAAUGCUCAGGGGGAUGCCUUCAAGACUCUGUUUGUGGCACGAGUGAAUUAUGAUACGACAGAGUCCAAACUUCGCCGUGAGUUUGAAGUCUAUGGCCCCAUUAAACGGAUUUACAUCGUCUACAACAAGGGAACAGGGAAGCCCCGCGGCUACGCCUUCAUAGAGUAUGAGCACGAGCGAGACAUGCACUCUGCUUACAAGCAUGCCGAUGGGAAGAAGAUCGACGGCAGAAGGGUGCUGGUGGAUGUGGAGCGGGGGCGCACCGUCAAAGGCUGGCUGCCCCGAAGGCUAGGAGGGGGGUUGGGAGGUACGAGGAGAGGCGGAGCUGACGUCAACAUCAAGCACUCUGGACGAGAUGAUGCGUCGCGCUACGACGACCGUCCCCUGGGGGGUGACCGUGACCGUGGAGAGCGCAAGGAGCGCAGCCGCGACCGCGAUCGGGACAAGGAAAGGGAGCGGCGCCGGUCCAGAUCCCGAGAUAGGCGGCGCCACAUACGCUCCCAAGACCGGGACAGGGACAGAGAGAAACCAAUCGCAGAAGACGGCGCUAGCAGCCGUCGCCGCGAGCGAGAACGGGAUCGCGGAGCGGCUGCAGGGGUGGGGGCCGCUGCGGGGGGGAGCAGUAGAAGCAGGGAGAGGAGUCGAGACAGGAAACGGCGGAGCAGGAGCCGAGAUCGCAAGCGAGAGCGGGAGCGAGGCAAAGGGCUGGAUGGAGAGGAGGCCGGUCAGGGAGACGGCGUUCCAGAACCUGGUGAGCGCAUUCCAGAGGAGCAGGAAGGAGAAGUGGCUGAAGGAGGAGAGGAACGAAGGGACAGGGAGCGAGACAGGGACAGGAGGCGCAGCCACAGGGACAGGGACAGGCGUCGGGGGGAGCGGGACAGAGACAGGGAGCACAAGAGAGAUCGUGGAGACAGAGACCGAGGGGAGCGGAGAGAGGAGCGGCAUGCUUCUGCACGGGAGGAGGUGGCUCCUCAAGGAGACGGCGCCAACGAGGAGGAUGGAGGCCCAACACACAUGGAGGAGUACGGCCAGGAGGCCAUGAUGGACCAGCAGAUGGUCCCGUCGGUGGACGGCUACGGCUCCGAGAACGGCUUCAAGAUGGAGCCAGUAGGAGAGGAGUACUGAGGCGGGGGUAAACUCCGCCCCCCGCAUGCCUCAAGCCUCAGACCUUCAGGGUUUCCGGCCCCUAAAUGCUCCUGUCAGCCCGUUUGUAUCAUUGCUCCUGCAGUGGGGGGUGGGGGGUCUCUCAUUGGAACUCUGCAGUUUUGUUAAAACAUCAAAAACCUGUCAGUUUGACUCAUUUACAGAGGGGGGGGGCAUCAAUGAAGCAGCAACAUGUCUCUGUAAGACGUUAGUGUGUGUUGCUCGUUUUGUUUUUCAUGUUUUUUGAAUAUCUGCUGUCAGUAGAUUUUCAGGGUCAUUUUAAUAAAGAUGUGACUUGACGGCACA